UUUUACGGCUGAUUUCACAUUCCCUUCAAAACAUUUUAAGGUCUUUGUGCUUUGCUUAGAAUCUAACUGUAUAAAAAGGUUGAUCCACUAACCAUUUCUUUUGGCCUAUCUGAGCCUUUAGGAUUCAUUUUUAUCCUAUGAAACAAAAAUAGCUAACAGUAUAUUUCAACUCUUAUAAAAGAAGCUGAAGAACCCUCCAAUUUUUAGAAUUUGGCAAAGGACAAUAAUGGAAGACCAAUGGAGUCCACUUAGCUGGGGUUUUUGCUCUCAACAAGAGGGUUUGGAUGAGUUAAAGCAUACCCUUUUGUUUACAACCUGGGAGCUAGAGACCACGGUGAGAUCAGCUAAAGAGGAGAUUACUAAGAGAGAACUUGAACUGUUUCAUCUCAAAGAUGUUUUAACCAAGACAAUGAAAGAGAGAGAUGAAGCUCAAUGUAGAUGCCAGAAGCUUAUGGUGGAGAAAUUCAUGCUUGAGCAACAAUUGCAACACAAAGAGCAGCCAAAACAGCAACAAAACCAGCAGGACACUGCUUCACUGUCUGGUGUUUCUAGCAGUGAAGAUGAAUCCAAUUCCAACAUAAGUUUAGUUUCAUCUCCAGGUUUGGACUCAUUGCCACAACCAUCUCUUCCCCAAGAAGCCUUGAAACUAGCAGCUAAUAGGCCACUACCUGAGAAAGGGAGGCUGCUUCAGGCAGUGAAGGACGCCGGUCCGCUCCUUCAGAACCUUUUAUUAGCCGGACCGCUCCCUCGAUGGCAGCAUCCACCACCUCAACUCGCCGCCAUCGAGAUCCCACCGGUGGGUAUCUCUUCCCCUAGUAAGCAAGUUAAUGGCUGUUUAAGCAAGAAGAGAGGUCCAGAGAACAUUGAAGGCUUAGAAUCUUCCCCUAACAACAAGCACCACAAGGUUGCUCUCUAUUGAACAAUUAAUACCCAAUUUCCAUCCUUUAAUUGUCUAAUUAAUGGCCAUAUUUUAUGGUCUAAUAGAUAAUCAGAAUUUUGAAAGACUAGUGUUUUUUUGCCUUUAGGAAAUCAAAUACCCUGACUAUCCCACCAAUGCAUUUCGAUGGAGCCUUAGAAAAGUUAGAAUUAGUGUCUUAAGUUUAUGCUUGACUUUCCAAAUUAUGUAUAUCAAUGGAAUCCGACAAGAUGUUCCAAGAUUUCCAAAUUUAAGAAGAUUGUAUGUUUCAAUUGUUGAACUAAUGUUAUGGCUUGUGCUAUAA